GACGCGAGGUGAUCCUCCUCAAACCGCACGCGAGCUAAUCGGAGCGCUUCCGCUUGAGUCGGCCAAUCAGAGCGAGGUGCGCCGCAGCUUAUAAACCCAUCAGCUACCGAGCCUUUUCCCGUUCACCGUCCCCGCCGUCCCGUGAAUCACUGACCCGAGCUGCAGCCCUGAUCCACCGCGACCGUGAAGAUGGCGGCCCGGGUGGUAAUAUUUUUCAAGACCAUGCAAGCGGCGCGAUGCCCGACGGAUGAGCUGUCGCUGACUAACUGCGCCGUGGUGAGCGAGAAGGAUCUGCAGUCCGGACAACAUGUGACUGUGAAGACCACGCCCAACCACAAGUAUGUGUUUACAGUGAAGACCCAUCACACUGUGGCACCUGGGAGCAUCGCCUUCAGUCUGCCGCAGAGGAAAUGGGCCGGUCUGUCCAUUGGCCAGGAGGUUGAAGUUGCCAACUACAACUUUGACAAGUCCAAGCAGUGCAUCGGCGCCAUGACGAUCGAAAUCGACUUCCUGCAGAAGAAGAGCACAGACUCCUCCCCCUACGACUCGGACAAGAUGGCCGCCGAGUUCAUCCAGCAGUUCAACAACCAGGCCUUCUCCGUCACCCAGCAGCUCGUCUUCAGCUUCUGCGACAAGCUGUUUGGUUUGGUGGUGAAAGACAUCGAGGCCAUGGACGCCAGCAUCCUCAAAGGCGAGCCGGCCUCGGGAAAGAAACAGAAGAUCGACUGCGGGCUGAUGGUGGGAAACAGCCAGGUGAUUUUUGAGAAGGCCGAGAGCUCCUCCCUCACACUAGUCGGAAAGGCAAAGACUAAGGAGGCACGACAGACAAUCAUCAACCCCGACUGGAACUUUGAGAAGAUGGGAAUCGGAGGUCUGGACCGGGAAUUCUCCGACAUUUUCCGCAGAGCCUUUGCAUCCCGAGUCUUCCCUCCGGACAUCGUGGAGCAGAUGGGGUGUAAGCACGUGAAGGGCAUCCUGCUGUUUGGGCCUCCUGGUUGUGGUAAAACACUGAUGGCCCGGCAGAUCGGAAAGAUGCUCAACGCCCGCGAGCCAAAGGUCGUCAACGGCCCCGAGAUCCUCAACAAGUACGUGGGAGAGUCUGAGGCCAACAUCCGCAAACUGUUCGCCGAUGCAGAGGAAGAGCAGAAGAGGCUGGGAGCCAACAGCGGCCUCCACAUCAUCAUCUUCGAUGAGCUGGACGCCAUCUGCAAGCAGAGAGGAACGGGCGCCAGCAGCACGGGCGUGCACGACACCGUGGUCAACCAGCUGCUGUCCAAGAUCGACGGCGUGGAGCAGCUGAACAACAUCCUGGUCAUCGGAAUGACCAACAGGCCCGACCUGAUCGAUGACGCUCUGAUGAGGCCCGGCAGGUUUGAGGUCAAGAUGGAAAUCAGUCUGCCUGAUGAGAAGGGCCGUGUGCAGAUCCUCACCAUCCACACCAACAAGAUGCGAAAUUUCAACCUGCUCGCCGCCGACGUCAACAUCCUGGAGCUGGCGGCAGAGACCAAGAACUACAGCGGCGCCGAGCUGGAGGGGCUGGUCAGGGCCGCCCAGUCCACCGCCAUGAACCGACACAUCAAGGCCACGUCCACAGUGGAGGUGGACAUGGAGCGAGCCGAGAAGCUGCAGGUCACCAGAGACGACUUCAUGGGGUCCCUCAACAACGACAUUAAACCAGCCUUUGGUACGAACCAGGAGGAUUACUCCAGCUACAUCAUGAACGGCAUCAUCAAGUGGGGCGACCCGGUGACUCACGUGCUGGAUGACGGCGAGCUGCUGGUGCAGCAGACCAAGAACAGUGACCGCACGCCGCUGGUGGCUGUGCUGCUGGAAGGACCCCCCCACAGUGGAAAGACGGCCCUGGCGGCGAAGAUUGCAGAGGACUCGCAGUUCCCCUUCAUUAAGAUCUGCUCUCCGGACAAGAUGAUUGGACACUCAGAGAUCUCCAAGUGCCAGGCAAUCAAAAAGGUCUUUGACGACGCCUACAAGUCUCAGCUCAGCUGCGUGGUGGUGGACGACAUCGAGCGUCUGCUGGACUACGUCCCCAUCGGGCCUCGUUUCUCCAACCUGGUGCUCCAGGCUCUGCUGGUGCUGCUGAAGAAAGCUCCGCCAAAGGGUCGGAAGCUGCUCAUCAUCGGCACCACCAGCAGGAAGGACGUCCUGCAGGAGAUGGAGAUGUUGGACGCCUUCAGCACCACCAUCCACAUCCCCAACAUCUCUACUGGAGAGCAGCUAGUCGACGCUUUAGAGCUGCUGGGGAGCUUCACAGAUAAAGAGCGCGCCAGCAUCGCGCAGCAGCUCAAAGGGAAGCGAGUCUGGAUCGGCAUCAAAAAGCUGCUGGUGCUCAUCGAGAUGUCGCUGCAGAUGGACCAGGACUACAGAGUGUCCAAGUUCCUGUCUCUGCUCAGAGACGAGGGGGCUGAUCGCAGCUUCUAUGAGUAGAGGAGCUGGAGGAUGAAGCAUCGCGCCGUCAACACGCCGUCAGUGGGACAAAACGAGGAAGAGGAAAAGCAGAAGAUGUCUUCCUCCGUCCGUCCAUCCGUCCAUCUAAAUACUCACCCGUUCAAAGAGAGGAACACGCUCUCGGUCUCAGCAUGUUUCUGUAGGCAGUACCGCCGUAUCACCGUCCUCCUCCUCUUCAUCGCCACCAUCAUCUCUACUUAUGGACAUAUCACAGCAAAACUACUGGAAGUCGUACUGUUAAACAAUCUGUUAUCUGUAAAGAAAACUGCAAUAGAUGAUUGUAAAAAGUGCUGUUUUGUGCAUCGUGCGUAAAAAAAAACAACAAAAAAAGUAUGUUUUCAGCUCUAGUGUUUGUUGUAUUUGUUGCAUUUCCUUCGUCCUGCUAAAGAUAGUUAGUGUUAGUACGAAACGUGUCCUCACAAGCAGAAUAAACACAACUGACACAAGCCAUUAGAAUAUUUAAGAUGUGAAUCUAUGAGAGGCUUUUAGUGAAUAUGUAGAGCAGUGACACUCAACUUACGGCCCGCGGGACAAAUAUGUCCCUGAUGGCAUGCCGAGUGGCCCCGCAAACAUUUUUUCAUCUCCGAUAAAAAGGCCUUAAUGUCCUAAAUUAUGAGAAAUGUCUUAAAAUCCUAGAAAUGUCCUAGAACCCUAGGAAUGUACUAAAUCUG